AUUUUUUUUUUUUUUGAAUAGUUUUUUAGGGAGGAGAUUAGGAAUACUUUCACAAGCAAGUUAAUGUUAUAUCUAUAUGCCUAUAUAUAAUAAGUGAUGGAUUCCGAACUAGGGUAGGAUUUAACUAUAAAAAAAAAAGUUUAUUGCUUUGUUUUUAUAUUAGGAAAAUUUAUCAAAAAUAAUUAAAUCUUUAGCCGAUCUUCCACCAAAAAAAAAAAAAAAAAAAAAAAAAAAAACUUGCCAACACCUUGGUUGUUGCUUGGAAACUUAACAACUCUAUGAUAAACCUGAACAAGGGACCCACACAAAAGUAGAAAAUUACGCACACUCGUUACCUUUACCUUUGUCAUCCUCGCUGACAAUUUCUCAAACUUUCUCUCUCCUCCACUUUCUCCCUCAUCAACACCGCCGGAACUCCCCAAUCAACCCCAUCUCCGGCAAUGCAGCAAGCCGGCGAUUUCAACCCUCCUUCUUACUACCCUCACCCACCACAACACCAACACCAACACCACCAACCACCACCCCCUCCAUCACAAUACUACGCCGCCCCUGAUCUCUCUCUCCCUUCUCCUCCGCCCCCUCAACCACCGUCCUACGCCUCUGCACCACCUUUCUCCGCCCCCAACUCUUACUCCGCCGCCGAUUACUCCUCCUCUUAUUCCCAGAAUUACCCUUCUUUUCCUCAUUCUUCCGAUCCUACUGCUCCUCCUCCUCAACCCCACUACGCUCCUCCACCGCCGCCGACGCCGACGCCUUCUGUUGGGCCUGAAUCAUAUGGGCCUUACCCUCCUCCGCCUCCUCCGCCGGCCCAAUUGCAGUAUCCUCCGUCUACGACGCCGUAUUAUCCACCCUAUGAUCCUCAUCAAUCAGCUUCCCCUCAAAAUUACCCUAACCCCCCUCCUCCUCCGCCUCAAAAUUACCCUAACCCCACUAAUUUAAACGCUAAUUCUAGUUAUUAUGAGAAAUCGUAUGAUAAUACUGCGAAAUUUGAUUAUGGGGCAGGGUAUUAUGAUGAGAAUUUAAGUGGGUAUGGGAGUUUUGGGGGAAGUAGGUCUAAUUCGGGAGGUGGGUAUGAUUAUAAGGAUGAUGGGGCAUAUGCUUAUCAGGGGAAAUCGGAGCCAUAUGGUGCUCGAGGGACCGGGUCGAAAUCGUCUAAUUGGUCUGGGUUGUUUGAUGAUUAUGGGAGGGCUAUUACCUUCCCUUCAGGUUCCUCAAAGAAGGAGAAGGAAAAGCCUAGCUCUUUGAAGGUUGUUAGGGCGGUGCCGAAGGCGGAGUCGAAUUCUGAUUCUAAGGGGGGAGUUCAGAAGUUCAGGGUCAAGCUCUUGCCUGAAAGUGGUGGUCAGAGUGUCAUGGAUGUUCUCUGUAUGGUUGGCUUGGAUGGGAUACGAAUGCUUGAUCCUAACACGAGUCGUACUUUGAGGAUAUAUCCACUUGAGACUGUGACAAGAUGUGAUAAAUAUGAUUCAUCUACAUUUGCAUUCUGGUCUAAGGCUCCUGUUGAUAUUGAGCCUAGACGUAUUAGACUGCAGUCCAAUAGCUAUACUACGAAUACACUUUUGGACACAGUGACAGCUGCUACUGUGCAGUUCAAGGAGAUGGGUGGGAGGAUCAGGUCUUCUGAACCACCCAAAGCCCUGGAUCAGUCUGCAGAGAAGAAGAAAGGUUUUGCUGACUGGAUGAACAAGCUAAAACCAGUCAAUGAAGAGAAAGAUCAUUGGGUUCCUGAUGAAGCUGUAUCCAAGUGCACAGGAUGUGGAGGAGAUUUUAGUGCCUUCAAUCGUAGGCAUCACUGUCGAAAUUGUGGAGAUGUAUUCUGUGACAAAUGUACUCAGGGUAGAACUCCCCUCAAUUUGGAAGACAAUGCUCAAGCAGUUCGUGUGUGUGAUCGAUGCAUGGCACAUGUCACUCAGAGGCUUAGUAUGGCAAAGGAAGCAGCUAGCAGACCAGUCUCUUUGCAGAGUCAUGAAGACCUUGCCAAGAAGCUUCAGGAGGAAAUGGAAAAGAACCUGAGAAUUUCCUCAGGUACAAAGUUAGAAAGUUCUGGUAAGCGAAUGAGAGAAGUUGCUUGUCCUACAUGCACUGUUCAUUUGCAGGUCCAAGUACCAUCCUCCGGUUCUGAAACCAUUGAGUGUGGGGUUUGUCAGCAUCCAUUCCUCGUGAGUGCUCAUUAAUAUCACAUCACCUCCAUUUCUCUUAUGAUGUCCUGUAUCUUGUUCAAUAUAUUCAUUGGCUAAGCACUCAAUAAUUAACGAAUAACUUUUAGUUGUGAUAUCCUCUUCCUCUAUCCAUUUCUCUCUGACUGAGUUUGUAUAUGAGUUUCGGUUUCCUUUUUUCGGUUUUUGGAAGAGCUGAUCCAGGGUGUUAUCACUGUUGUGUCAAAGCAAAUAUUUACAUGUUUAUUUUAUAAUUUAUACACUUCUGUGUUUUGCCCUGAUAUGGUUGUGUUAUUGUUCUGUUGGAUUUCA